AUGGCCGGGUCGGUGGCCGAACGGGACGCGCUGAAAAUAGAAGACGGGCAUUUAAACAACUCGCUGGGCUCUCCGGUGCAAGCGGAAGUGUAUUUCCCACGGCUGAUCGUCCCGUUCUGUGGGCACAUCAAAGGAGGCAUGAGGCCGGGCAAGAAGAUCUUAGUGAUGGGCAUCGUGGAUCUCAACCCAGAGAGUUUUGACAUCAGCCUCACCUGCGGGGACUCUGAGGAUCCGCCAGCGGACGUGGCGAUCGAACUGAAAGCCCUCUUCCCGGACAGACAGCUCCUCAGGAAUUCGUGCGUGUCUGGCGAAUGGGGAGAAGAACAGUCCUCUCUUCCUUACUUCCCGUUUAUCCCAGAUCAGCCCUUCAGGGUUGAAAUUCUCUGUGAGCACCCUCGUUUUAGGAUAUUCGUGGACGGACACCAGCUUUUUGAUUUUUACCAUCGUAUCGAGAAGUUGUCAGCUAUUGACACGAUAAAGAUAAAUGGAGAUCUACAACUUACUAAACUCGGUUGAUCUUGUUUU